AUGUUGCGCAAUUCUUGCAGCAACAGCGAUGUCGGCAGAUGCAAAGAGAUUCGGCGAAACUCAGUACAAGAUCAAUCGGUGAAAAACACAAAUGAUUAUCCUAAAGAGCCAGUAACAACUUUUCAGCCGCUUCCACCACGUGCGCGAACUUUGAGCCCAGAGCAAGCUCGGGCUACUCGGGUUCGAGUGGUUUCCAACUCAUGCCUAGCCCCACCGAAAUGGUCUGGGGGCAUGCAGAGGAAUCCAGUUCAGCGCUACUCCAUGGUGAUGCCGAUUUAUUCCAGAGAGGCCUCUCGUGAGCGUUUGAAUGUGGUGCCAUGUUAUGGUGGCUGCCCUGUGCCUCCACCUCUACCACCACCACCUCCAAACAAUCAUCCUGUUAGUCCGGUCAGGAUGAGACCCACAGAGGCUGUGCAUCGACGUACCUCACCGUCAACACAUUUGCAGGUGCCUGUACCCUUCCCUAGAAACCACAUGGUUCCCACCAUCUAUGACAAGGAUGCUUCUGUGGCCCACGUUCAUCACGUCGUACCUCAGACAGGUUCUGCUGCAGUACCAGUAGGGCGAUUUAGAAGUUUUGCUCGUGUUUCAACGAGCACAUCUCCGAGGGACUUCAACCAUUUGCAGGUACAUCGGACAUUUUCAUCUCCGCGAUCUCAGACCUACACCAACAGGCCAUCAGGGCGGGGUCUCUGGCAAUCUCCACGAGAGGUCGAGGUCCGUACCGUGACUGGCACUGCAUCACGGAAUGCGAGAUAUCAGGGCCAGCAUGUCCAGACCACACUUGGUCGACUCAGCGGUGGCCGUAGCUCUUAUGGCAGUAGUCUUUCGGGUCAUCGGCUGUCAAGGAGUCCAGAUGGUGUGAAAAACGAAGACGCCACUGAGGACAUGCAGAGUCCCGUUGAAAGGCUUGGCAAACCAGUCGUGUCUCAGCGACCACCGGCAUCUCUGAGCGAUCACUACUUUACGCUGAAGAAGGAUGGAGGAGCACUCUCCUCCUCAACAAUGGAGCCAGAUGAGGCUCAAAGUCCAGAGCAAGUUCAGGUCUUCCGGAGUGAAGCGCCAGAGGCAGCACGCACUCCGCCACAGAGAGUGAUGCCAUCUGAAGCGGUCAUACCCAGUGAGCCAGUAACUCUUCCCUUCGGCACCGAAAAGGUGAAGCCAGUCCCAAAUCAAGGAAAGUCCUGGACACCACCGGCCAUGCGGAACUUGGAUCGACCAAGCGAAGUGCUGAACGUGAAAGCCCAGGCAACCCGGACCGUUGCCCCUGCUGACGUACAGGAGGCACGGACACCGGAAGGUGUUACGACCAAGCAUCCACCGCGACGUCCAGUCAAGGGCAGACGGCUUUCCAAGAACGAAUCUGCGCGGCUGUCGGUCAAAGAGGAGCAAAAGUCUAUCCCAAACGAACGGCGGCUGUCUGCCACUACCGAGGAUGCCCGCAAGGACCCAGGCAGGCUUCUUUGCGAUGAGCGGCGGGUGUCUACCCGUGCUGAGGGGCAGCAUCAAGACCCAGGUGGUCCAGCUUUUGCAGGUGCUCCCAUCCCAAGAGUGACCCGCGAAGCCACUGGAGAGCCUGAGGCCGCACAGGCACCCGUGGCGCCUGCUCCAGACUUUCCUGAAAUUGUUGCCAAGAUACCUUCAGUUCCAGCGCCAGCACAGGAGACAAAGGACUUUGCGAGCUCUGGAAGUUUUCUCCCCUGGGCAUUGAAAUCUCUGAAUGAGGGCCAGGCUGCAAAGAUCUGCAGUACAGACUCGCUGGACCAGCUGACUGGAUUUGAGCUCCGGGUCUCGUGCCCCACUUGCAAAGGACACUGUCCAGAUCAUGUUCGAUGCAGGCAACGAGCCGAACAGGCAGCUUUCCGGCGCAGAGCAGAAGGACCAACUCCAUGGGAACUGAAAGGUUGGGAAGAUGGUGCGAACCAGCCCAACUUGGGGACAUGGAUGGUCUGGAUGGUACACAGAGUUUACCUCAACGACCCCAGCCUUGAGUCUCUCGACUUUGGAUGCUUUCAUGUUCCCAGAGGAGAUCAGGAGCCGAGGAUUUUGCCAAAGCUUUUCAAAGCAUUGGCAAGCAACACCCAUUUGAAACACCUGAUGUUGGGAAACACAGCCCUCGAAUCUGACAAAGUGUGCAUCAGUCAGCUGGGUGGUGCUUUGAGAGCCAACUCAACGCUAGAGAAGCUGGACCUCCAGGCAAACUUUUUGGAGAUGUGCGAUCUUGCGGUGAUUUUCGAAGCUCUUGCCGAGAACACCGGGUUGAAGGACUUGAAGGUGAACUUUCAAGCCUGUGCCAAGCAGAGCUUCAGGGACCUGAUGCUGGAGCAGGUUGGGGCUCGGGGAUUGUGCAGCACCUGCUGUUUGAAGUGCCUGCCUGCACAGGGGAAUGAUGUCUACAAGGCAGCGGCUGCAGCCUUCCGCAGCAAUCGAAGUCUUGUCAAGCUUGAUUUGCUCCUGCCUCAGAGCUUCGCAAGUCAGUUGUACCGAAGGCUGGAGGAAACAAAUGGACAGAACGUGCCGGUGCUCCCGGCCCUCGGCUUGCGACUUGCAGAUGAGGAUCUGCAAAAGGGCUGGAUUGCUGGCAGAAUGUCCAUUCGCGGUCCCCAAGAAGUUGGGAAUACCGCGGCGAUUGAUUUUUACACUGUGUACUGGGGCUCUGACACUAUCACGAAGCUCUCGCAAUCACCACUGGCAACAAUCACCCCCAUUGGAAAUAGCACUCCAUCUUGCAGCGGUGGAUCCUGUGAUUCGAUUGUCAUUUCCCAGGAUCCAGUGUCUACAAGCCUCUUCCAUAUUAGCAGGGGUCAGAUGGGCUACAGCGACAAUGAGUACGCCAGCAUUCUCUUACCAAGUCCGGGGACUGUGACUGUGCUCCAGCUCAGUACUGAAAGCGGCUAUGACUUUCUACACAUUGGUGCGCAAAGCUAUUCUGGGAGCCAGUCAGGAAUGGUGGUUCAGGUCGCUGCAGGGUCUACCAUUGUUUGGGACUCUGACUUCAGCGUCACUCGGGAUGGCUGGUCCGUCACCUACCAGGUUGAAAUGGAACAAAUGCUUGGAGCAAACAUUAGUGCAGUGGCCAUUCCGGAUGGGGCUUCCCACUUCUUGGUCUACUCAGCGAAUUCCUUUGGUGAGAUGAUCGUACCGUUCUCCGCGCCAAUCCAGGAUAUGUAUGUCUUGCCACCUCCAUCCUCAUUGAGCUUCACUGAUGCUUCGGCAACUGCAAGCUAUAUCUCCGGCACCCUUGAAUUGUUUGCCCCCAGCGAUGUCAGUGAUGUGCAGCGCUACGAUGUCUACUGGGGCAGUGGCAACCGCCGCUUGGGGGUUUGCUCCUCCUCUGCGGGUUACAGAUUCGAACCAGGACCCACGCUGACAAGGGAUUGUUCCGGCCAUGCUUGGGACUUGCUGGAAAUCGCCGCUGAAAGCGUUGCAGGGCCACUUCAGCUGGGUGGCUAUGGACUUCGCUUCGACGGUUCGUUCUCCGCCAUGACCAGUCCAUAUUUCAAUUUGUGCGGCGAUGCCUGGUGGGGUUCUUGCUAUGGAUCUGUAGAUUGGACAGUGGCUGCCUGGAUCAAUCCUUCGGUGCAUCCAACGAAAACCGCCACCAUUCUUCGAAAAGAUGGAAGUAUGCCUGAGGAAGACGAGUUUGGAUUGUAUUUGACUAGCAGCUCUUUGAUCAGCUGUAAGACCAGCAUUGCUGGAUGGGGCCCGUUCUCAUGUGAGACGACUACCAGCUUGGUACGCAACGCUUGGACACAUGUUCUGUGUACUCGGCAGAGAGUUGGGUCGACCACAGAAUUGAGGAUCUAUGUCAAUGAGCUGAUGGUGCAGAGUUGUGCAAGCACCCAGACGAGUACCAUGCUCUACAGGUAUACUGGGUCUUUGAUGAUUGGCGGGAAUCCUGCCGCCAUUGCCUUGGGCAUGGAGUCGUAUUUCGACGGUGUCCUGGACGAAGUUGCCAUCUUCGACUACAGCUUCACCGCUGCCGAUGUCCAUCUCUUGUACAACGCGUCUCGGCCGAAGAACUUGUGGUUGUUGCGUGGCAAUGUUCCAGUGUUGUUGGUUGCGUCGCAUGUGGAUGAUUUGCUGUUGCAGAGCAGCGUGAAGAACGCAACCAUCGCAACUUUGACAGAUGCGAACCGAUAUGUCGCAUUGGCCCACCAGAAUUCAGAUGAAGUGAAAUUGCGAUUUCCCAUGACUCAUUUGAAGUGUGAAGAGAUUGCGCUUCUCACAGUGACAGAUGCCAGCUUCUCGAAUGAAGCCAAGUACAGAUCGCAGCAAGGAAGGUUUCAUUUUGUGACCGAUAUCCAUGAAGCAAAGGAUCCGAAGAACACCGUGUAUCGGGUUCUACCACUUUCAUUUGGCUCUACAACAAUUCGUCGAGUGUGCAGAUCUACACUGCAAGCGGAGACUUAUUCGUCGCAGCAUGGUCUUGAAGCUGGUGAUAAACUUGGAGAGGUGAACGCCGAGUUGAAGGGCCAGAUUUGGAGCCGACAGAAGUGGGAAGAGGAUUCGAGGAUGUGCAUACCACACCUUGCUUUCACAGACUAUCGAAGCCUUCCAGAUCACCUCGUGGCCGAGAUUCCGGCUCGUGUGCAGGACAAGCCGCUUGGCAUUGAGCUGACUGCCAUGAUCUGCAAAACCAAGGCACACAAGCAAGGUUCAUCGUCUCACCUUGCAGGGUUCCUUCAAUUUCUUAGAAAGAUUGCCCCCAAGCGUGAGCAGCCCUUUACAAAGGUGGCAGCUAAACUUGUUGCCCUGCAGAUGAGGCAUUGUGUGGGUGUGGUGCAAAGCUGUGUGCAGUUGGCUGCCCAGACAUGA